AAGCCAGUUGGUUGAUGCAAGUUAAAGGACAUUCUGGAGCACUGUAUACACUUUUUCCUCGAGUAAAUUAUUGUAUUUGUGCUGCUUACAGCACAUUUUGGCAGUUUGGCUAGCUAGUGUUGACACUGAGAAAUUGUUGCAUCAACAACUAACACAAAAACAGUUUGACAGACUGAUGCUGCAUCAAUUUUUAAAUAAGCAGGAUGUCUCCUAAUGUUGGAGAUUAUAUAUUGAUUGCAAAAAUAGGAUUAAUCAAUUUAAAAACUGUAAUUCAACUAUUAAAAGCAAUUAAUUUUAAAGAGAUAGCUACUUGCCUAGGCAGUGAAAAUGGAUUGAAAAUCACAGUUGAAGAUGCAAAAUGUAUGCAAGCUAGCGCAUAUAUUCCAUCUGUAGUUUUUGAUGAAUUUACUUUGGAAGAAAAUGUGACGUUUUCAAUAAGUUUGAACAUAUUAGUAGAAUGUUUUUGUAUGUUCUGGCCUACUUCACAAGAGGAUUCUGUCACAGUGCAAAUGUUUUACAAAGGCACAGGUUAUCCUGUAAGCAUUCUAAUUGAAGAAGAUGGUGUCAUAACAGACUGCUCUUUAAAGACUCUCGAAGUAGAUACAUUAUUAGAUUUUUAUCUUGAGGCAGAAACUGUUGUAAACAAAGUAGUAGUGCAAACAGAAUUGUUGAAGGAUGUUAUAGCUGAACUGGAUCCAACUAGCGAAAUUGUUCAGUUACAUCUAUCAACGAAAGAACCUUUCUUUAGAAUUAGUACAGAAGGUCUAGGUGGUAUUUGCCAUAUCGACUUGCCUCAUAACAGCACUUUAGUAGACACUUUUCAGUGUGCGUCUACGGCAACUGCUAGUUUUAAAUUAGUGCACAUAAAGCCGGCAAUGAAAGCAUUAUCAUGCGCUAAUAAAGUUUCCCUGAGAACCAACAGCGCUGGGCUAUUAUGCUUUCAAUAUAUGAUUAAAACCGAAAAUGGACACACCUGUUAUAUGGAAUAUUACAUUUCCCCAUUAAUUGAUGUAAACGAUUAAAUACUCAUUUGAAAUACGUAGUUAAAUAAUGAGCACAAAGCUGCAUCAGAGUUACUUAUUUUUUCUGUAUGUAACAUUUUUAAUUUAAAUAUAAAAUUAUAUACUUUUGUAUAUUUUGUCAUUGAUA